UGUGUGUGUGUGUGUAGUGUCUGUCUGGCCUUGUGUGUUGUGUGAGAGAGAUGGAGGGGGUGUGUCUGGCUUUGUGUGCCUCUGUGUAUAUUCGGCAAUGUGUAGCUCUGGGUGUAUAUUUGGGGUUUUGUCUUUGUUUGAUCUUAGGAAGCUGAGGGGGGAGAGCAGAGAGGGGACAAUGAGCCCGGCUUCAGGAGACUAGAGGAUGUUUUUGACGCCGCUGGCAAGGAGGGGCAGGUCCCAGGGUCAAGGAUCAGGGAACAUUGAGAGGUUGACAUUGUCCCCAGGCGGACCCCUGUGCUCCCCCUCCAUACACAAAUACACAGAGCUUGUGCAGUUGGACCCACACAGCUACCAGAGGAAUGCACCUAGUACAUUCUGGCUCACUGGGCUUCCAUGGAGCCUCAGUUUCUCUAACUGUUCCGUGGAAGUGGGGUGAGGCAACUAGUCUCUGUCCCUCUUCCUACUUCAAGGUGAGAAUGUGUGCUGAUGGUCAUAUUUGGGCCAGACUCUGACCUCCCCCAGAAGGCUCACUGAGCAGUCUUCUAAGGAACCUGGAGUCCUUCUGCCUUCCACCUGCCUGGAUGGAGUCAGGCCAGGCUUAUUGGUUUCUCAGAUGAGAGGGGAGCCUGGCCUGGGUGCCAGUGUGUAGAGAGCACUGGAACAGGAGCCAGGCAGUUUCUACUCCUAGGACUGCCACUGCGUUACUGCAUGACCUUAGCUGAGUCACUUCUUUCCGAAUUUCUUCAUCUGGAAAAUGAAAGGAUUGGACAAGACGCCUUCUAAGAUCCCUUCUACUUCCGCAGUUCUAGGUGUCUGCAUGUGACCUUGAGUGACUUUUCCUAAGACCUGGUGAUUUUCUAGUGGGGAGUGGGGCUAAUUUCAUGUGCAGGAAAGGCAGAGCAGAGAAUGCUGUCGUGGGGCAUCUGAAGGAGCAGAGACCUCUGGGUUAUCAAAGACAGCCGGUUUUGCAGAAGAAAAUCAAAACAACACAAAACAAAAACAAGAGAGCCCUAAAGUGCAGAGAGCUUCCAGCAAAAGACUGGCUAGAAUGGAGAGAUGGGGGUGGUCUCUAAUUAGUAGGGGCUUUGAAGAAGAGGAAAGACAAAGGUCAGGCUUGAAUGGCAAGGAGGAGCUGGCGCUGGGUGCUGACCCGAGCUCCUUUCUUGACAGUGUGGCCAAGACCCGGAUCCCCAGGGGCCAGGAUGGGCUGCCCAGCCAUCAUGCCCUUGCAAAGAACAGUGGUUUGGGGACAAAAGGUGCUGAAUGACUUGGCUGCAGUUGGGCAUGGGGGACAGGGCACAGGUCCGCUGUGGUGGUGUCAGUGGGACUGACCUGUUAAGGCCCCCAGAGCUCCACAGAGGCCACUUCCAAAAGGCCCUUGGCUCCCUUUUCUGCUUCACGGAACUUCUCUGUCUUUCUCCCUCACGCUGUUUCCCAUCUCCCAACCUCUUCCCUAACGUGAUGACAGCCAGAAGUCCAGCCACCGUCACCCCUCUUCCCUCUCCUUCCCACGAUACACCCGCCAGUUGCAGCUGGGAAGGAAUUGGGUGUCAGGUGUGGGGGGCGAACAGUGGGGGAACCAAGCUCCUGUUUACAGUUGUUCUUGGCACCUGCUGGCAGGGCCCUGCAGGUAACCAUGGCAAUCAGGUGAGGAGCCAAUCAGUGCUUCUCCCCACCCCCAGCCCCAGAGGUAGCAGUCUGAGGCCCCUGGGGAUAGGGUGGGGGGAGCUGGGAGUGCGGGCGAGGGGGGCCUGCUCUUACACCAGACAAGGAGGAAUAUUUCUAUACAGUCAGCUCCACAGCUCCUUCCUUCUCCCGCGCAUCUAGAAAGGAGCUUGAGAGAUGAUCUGGGCCCGAAUUCUCACAAAUGCUCGCGGAAGCGAGAGGGUAAAGGUCACAGCCCCUUGCCUAGGAACUCCUGCGUGUUGAGGCCACAGUCUACCUGGCAGGAACUGCAUGCAAGUUCUUAAGAGCCAGUGUGUGUUGUGAAAAUCCAGCCAGUGUGUGAAUGAGGUGACUGAGGCAGUGGGAAGCGCCUGUGUGUUUUGUGUGUACGUACGUGUGCGUACGUGAGAGGGAGAGACAGAGCCGGGUGUGAGAUGCGCUGAUAGCAACCAGCAUCGACCAGAAUGUGUUGUUUCUGUCUGUGCAUGCACACAGAGGUUCAUUUGGAUACACACACACACGCACGCACGCACGCACACACGCACAGGUCAAGCAGUCGUACAAAGUAGUUUUGGAAGCCCAGACAUCACGUACACAUCCAAUGGAUAUUACACACACUCAGCGAGACAGCCACUUGGAGUUUGUUCUCUCCUCUGGAUGGUUGUAAUAAUAUUUGGGCAUCUUGCCAGGGACAGGGUUACUAUGGAAACGACCAAACAGUGGAGUAGCCAGCAAGCCUUCUGCGUAAUUGUUAAGGGGGGAACCCUUGCAGGGAGACCGGCCUAGGCCGCCCUCCUUGGGACAGGAGCCCCUUUCCUUCCUUAGGCCGCUGUGUCUCCGCUGGCUCUCUGGGCUUGCUUGGUCCCCUCUGUCUGCCCUGCAGACUUGGUGUCUCUCCCACGUGUGGCCUUUGUGUCUGUCUCUCCAUCUCUUUGGGUCUCUGGCCAGCCUCUGUUGGCUGUUUGGGUCCUGGCCAAACUCAUCCUGGGGUCUCUAUAGAAACUGUUGAUCCUGGCUGUGAAUUUCUGGUCCUAGAAAACCCAAUAUGGUGGCUUUAGAAAUCUCUCUGGAAAGGAGAGAAGGGUGUAUGUUGUGAAGGAGUCAUUGGGGCUUGGCCACUCUCCCAAGCCCCACGCCUUGGGCUUUUACUCUGGGAAAGAGGAGGGAGGGAGGGAGGGGCCUUCCCUUCUAGUGCAGGUUUGGUUUUUAUACCGAGAAGUUAGGCAUAUCAGCCAAUUCAGAGUUGGGCUCUGACUGACUUCCCAGGUCCCUGCCAAGGCCUGGCUGGGUGCUCGGGGCUGCUGCAGAGAGAACUUUCUGCCCAGCUUUGGCGGGCAUAUCUCUGAGAGCCUGUGAUGUGUCACUGGACAGCCUGGGGACAGGCAGCCGGAGUGGCAGCAGUGUCCACGUGGAGAAAUUGCUGUAUGUGCCUGGGAGGGAGGUCCCGGACUGCGUGUGGGACCGGGGGACUUGUACGGUGGGCCGUCCAGCGGGGACUGUGCAGAAGGGGCAAGAGCAGUCUUUUUUGCCCAGGCUCUUUGCCACUACCUGCAGGGUCGGGGCUGGGGUCAGGCUGGAGAUGCGUGCUCCCAACUUCGGGCGUGUAAGGACCAUCCUCCGUGUUUCCUGCCUGAGCGCCAGGCCUGGAACCUGCAUGGCCAGCGUAUGGUGGACCUCCAGGGAGCCACUCCGGGCCCAGUCUGGAUGUAGAGCUAGGAGGACGAGGUGGCGGGGUGCUCCCUCUAAACCUAGGGCAUCCCAUGGCCACAGUGUUUCCGGGACUGCCUUCCUGGGGGAAGGGUGAUGGGGUGGAAGGAGGGGAGGAUGGAGUAGAAAGACCGAGGCAGGGGCCUUGCACCUGGGUAGAGGGGGGUCUAAGUGUCCUCAGCUCCUAGCACUCACUUCAGUGAAUGUGGAUUGGGAUCAGAGACAUUUUGAAAAACUCUGUUCUCUUCAAUUUUCCUGCCUCCUCUGGAGAGUUGGUCUAACUUCAUCUUUCCUCCUGCUCUUGAGAUGGAGCCCGAUGGUGUCGCUCAAGGUGGCACGCGUCUCCAGAGCCCCCGUACCCGGUGAAUACUCAAGAGGGGCCAGGAGGAGCCAACCCCAUGCACGUAGCCAGUCUGCCCUCGGAGGCAGAGAGCAAAAGCCUCGCGCUUCGGGACAGACGUUGGGUGGUGUGGACUGUGGGAGGGGCUCUUGGGCCUCUGGGUUUCUGAUUCCACUUUCAUUUCUCAGGGUGACGCUCCCCAGGCCCCCUGCCCCCCACCCCGGCAUCAUGCAUCGGACCACACGGAUCAAAAUCACAGAGCUGAACCCUCACCUCAUGUGUGCCCUCUGCGGGGGGUACUUCAUCGACGCCACUACGAUCGUGGAGUGCUUGCAUUCCUUCUGCAAAACCUGCAUCGUGCGCUACCUGGAGACCAACAAGUACUGCCCCAUGUGUGAUGUGCAGGUCCACAAAACCAGGCCGCUGCUGAGCAUCAGAUCUGACAAAACCCUGCAAGACAUCGUCUAUAAACUGGUCCCUGGGCUUUUUAAAGAUGAGAUGAAACGACGGCGGGAUUUCUAUGCAGCGUACCCCCUGACUGAAGUCCCCAACGGCUCCAAUGAGGACCGCGGCGAGGUCCUGGAGCAGGAGAAGGGAGCUCUGAGCGACAACGAGAUUGUCAGCCUCUCCAUCGAGUUCUAUGAAGGUGUCAGGGACCGGGAGGAAAAGAAAGGUCCUCUGGAGAAUGGGGAUGGGGACAAGGAGAAGCAGACAGGGGUGCGGUUCCUGCAAUGCCCAGCAGCCAUGACCGUCAUGCAUCUCGCCAAGUUUCUUCGCAACAAGAUGGAUGUGCCCAGCAAAUACAAGGUGGAGGUUCUAUACGAGGACGAGCCACUGAAGGAGUACUACACUCUCAUGGAUAUAGCCUACAUCUAUCCCUGGCGGCGGAAUGGCCCUCUCCCCCUCAAGUAUCGGGUCCAGCCGGCCUGCAAGCGGCUCACCUUGCCCACAGCACCCACCCCCUCGGAGGGCACCAACACCAGCGGGGCAUCUGAGUGUGAGUCAGUCAGCGACAAGGCUCCCAGCCCUGCCACCCUGCCAGCCACCUCCUCCUCCCUUCCCAGCCCAGCCACCCCCUGCCAUGGCUCUCCCAGCUCCCACGGGCCCCCGGCUACCCACCCUACCUCCCCUACUCCCCCUGCGACAGCCAGUGGGGCCACCACAGCUGCCAACGGGGGUACCUCGAACUGCCUGCAGACACCAUCUUCCACCAGCAGGGGGCGCAAGAUGACUGUCAACGGAGCUCCUGUGCCCCCCUUAACUUGAGGAAAGGGACCCUCUCCCUCCUUUUCCAGCCAUGCCUCUCCACCCCUCCACUUUUUCUGGGCCCCUUUUCCACCUCUUCUAAUUGCCCCAGCUCCUCCCGCCUUAGGGGUGGGGGGCGGGUUUUAUAAAUAAAUCUAUAUAUAUAUGUACAUAGGAAAAACCAAAUAUACAUACUUAUUUUCUAUGGACCAACCAGAUUAAUUUAAAUGCCACAGGAAACAAACUUUAUGUGUGUGUGUAUGUGUGGGGGGUGGAGUGUUCAUUUUUAGGGGGUCUUGUGUAAUUUGCCCUGCUCUUAUUUUGGGGGUGUCUGGCGGUGGACCCGAAGGGCCACUUGAGGCUCAGUAAAGCUCUACUCCAUCCUCCUGUUUCCCAAGGCAGAUGGGGUGUUGGGGGAGCCCCACCAGCCCCCAAAGCUUUAGGCACAACUCCAGCCGGCUGUGAACGGGGUCUACCCUCUCUCUUUCCCCAUUUUGGCUGCUGUCCGGCCCCACCGGCACCCCCCCUCCCCCCAUUGUUGAAUGUCCAGAGACUUGCUAAGACAGUGCCUUUUACAAAUGCAGUCUAUCCCCUGGUUCUGAGGAGUGAGUGGGUGGCGAAGAUGGCAUCUCCCUUACCUCCUCCUCUCGCAGUGGAAACUUUGUGCAAAGAAUAGAUAGUUCUGCCAUUUUCUUUUUUUUUCCUGUGUGUGUGGCCUUUGCAUCAUUAUCUUGUGGAAGAGAAGAUUCGGGCCACGGGAGGCCUCAGCCCUUGAAAUUCCACUGUGGCUUUAGCAAUGUGAACUGCUUCACCCCGUUCUGCCCCUGCCCCCCACCCCACCCCGAAACUCUGACUAGCAAGGCUGGGAGGAAAGUCCCAUCUGGGGGCCUGGAGUGCCGUGGAGAGGCGGAGUGGGGCUAACCUCAGACAAGCACAGACCCCAGAUUGUGCCAAAGGCCAGCAGCCCUCCAGUCCCCUCCCCCCCCCCCCCCCCCAGCUGAGGCAGAGUCAAGAAAGAGCGACAGAGGCAUCUAAAAGCACAAGAAGACAGAAGCCUGUAGGCUCUGACCUCUGCUCCGUCCCGCGAGGUCAGUGGACUGCCCCCUGAAGGGCAGACCCCACCAGAUUCCUGCCCACCUGUUUUCCCUCCAGUGUACAUAGCUCAGAUCGGGGAGGAGGUGAGGAGGCUAGACUCUCUUGCAACCUAGGUGUUUGGGGUUGGGAGCCCCCCCCAUCAGGUUUGUCUGUGUUUGCACCUUGUCCUGUGUCUGAGGUGCUGUGACUGUACCCUCCUGCCCUGGAACAUUUGUAUCUCCUGGCUUUGUAAUAAAUGCUGCAUACUCUC